CUAGGAGUAAUGGAAUCCAAAGAGGAAGAAGUGAUAAAAAAUCUCAAGGUGGAAAGUGGCAACCAGAAAAAUGAAGAAAAAGAUGAAAAGGAGCCAGUUGCUACUAAAGGGGGAGAGCCCUUGGCCCUCCUUUUGGAAGCUGAUGAAUACUCUGUGCCUAGAGGAAAUCGUAGGCGGUUCCGCGUUAGGCAGCCCAUCCUGCAGUAUAGAUGGGACGGGAUGCAUAGGCUUGGAGAGCCCCAGGCAAGGAUGAGAGAAGACAAUAGGGAUAGGAUUGGGGAGGAGGUGAGGCAGCUCAUGGAAAAGCUGAGGGAAAAGCACUUGAGUCAUAGUCUGCGGGCAGUUAGCACUGACCCCCCUCACCAUGACCAUCGUGAUGAGUUUUGCCUUAUGCCCUGAAUCCUGAUGUUUUCCUUAAAGUUUAUAGGGAGAAACCUGCUUCCUCAACUUACAUGUUUGUGAUGUACUUCUCUUGUAAACAUUUUGAUGUUACUUGUUUCUUGUGGGUCUCCCAUUACCAGCUUCUAAUUGAAUGUUGUGUUUUUUACCCUAUUUGUAAGUUUCUGUCAGCAGGGGAGUUUUGCCUAUAGCAUGAAAAGAUGCUCAUUAUAUAUUGUGACAUUUAAUAAAGCAGUUUAAAAAAGCA